UCUCCUGGUUAACUCAAGUUCUUCCAUUUUUCCUACAAGAAACAAAAAAUGAAGAGCCAGAGCACAUUCAGAACACGUCAAUUAAAAAAGAAAACCACCAAGAAAACAACCAGAGAAUCUCCAAUAUCCCAGAAAGUUUGUCCUCCUCCUCUACUUAAUGCAUUGAAAGUUUCAGCUGAACGAAAUGCGGCUCGUUUUCACUUUCCUAGGCAUAAUAGAGGGAGAGCAGGGCCAUCAUCAUUUACUCAGCACAUUGGUCUGAAGCCAUUUAUGCAUGAUUUACCCAACCUUCCGGAGCUAGACAACCUCUUUUAUCCAGAGGGUCCAAUUUUAGAAGCACAGCAGCAAGCAGCAAAACUUUUUGAAGCAUCAGAAACAUGGUUCCUCGUUGGAGGAACCACAUGUGAAAUUCAGGCUGCAAUUAUGGCAACUUGCUCCCCAAGAGAUCAUAUAAUUUUUCCAAGGAAUUCCCAUGUAUCCGUCAUAUUGGCUUUGGUGUUAUCUGGUGCAAUACCGAAAUACAUCAUGCCUAUGUAUGACUCCAAUUGGGAUAUAGUUGGUGAGGUUACUCCAUCAGAGGCAAGUGUGUAACACUGGUUUUAAACUCAUGGAUAUAAACUUGUCAUGUAGUGUUAAAUUUUUCAAUAGACUAUUGCUUUAUUGUUACUACUCGUUGU